ACGCGUUGAAUGAUCUAGUGUCUAUUACGGAGAACAAACCAAACUAACAAAUCAAUGUUAAAUAUUGCAUAUAAAAGGUUAGUCAAAAAUUAGCUAUUGCAAAAUAGGAACAAACGUCAAAAAAUGGAUAUCACCUGGUGUUAACGGAGAACAAACCAAACGAACAAUUUGAUGUCUUCAUAUUACAUAUAAAAGGCUUAGGUUUAGGCAGAAAUUAACUAUUGCAAAAUAGGACAAACAUCAAAAAUGGAUAGCUGUCUAGACCUUACUCCUGUAAAGAUACCCAGACCACAAAUAUACUCCGUGGUGGACUUAGCUAUUAUGAAUUCUAAAAAGGAGUUGGAGAUAAAGCUUAAAGAUCUCAAAAAGAAGUACUUGGGUGUCCAUGUUGAAAUAGUGACAAUUUACAGAACGAAACCUACAUUUGGUGUGGCAGUACAAGGUGGGGCAGAUACUCAACAAAAAACUCCUAUAGUAGUUCAUAUUCAGCCUGGUGGUUCAGCAUUUGCCUCUGGAACGUUAAAGUGUGGACAUGAAAUUUUGGAAAUCAACGGAACUUCAACUGAGAAGUUAAAACAUGACGAAAUAGCAAAUCUUAUUGCUAACGAAUUUAAGACUGCAACUAGCAUACAACCUAUGGAAUUAGUAGUUAAAAGUUUUGUGACUUGUUUAUAAUAUAGGGGUUAUCAUGGUUCAUGAUAUUGGAGAUCGUAUUUUGAAUUUCAAAUAUCUCGCGCAAAGGAAGGACCAUGGGCAACGUCAUUUUCAAAGAUGUAUGGAGUCACUGUGUAUUAAACGUCAUUUUCAAAGACGUCUUUCCAUUCCAAGGACGCUGGAACUGUGUCACGUGAUUAAUAUAGAGACUAAAACUGUAUUACAUGGAGGAGGGGAGGGGUCUUACAUCAUUUUAGAUAUUGAAAUUUUUUUCUAAAUGAAUCCAGAAUUGCUAAUUUUUAAAUGAAGUGAGUCGGGCUCAAUAAAUUAACACUGAUUAAGGUAAUGUCAAACUUCUGCAUUAAAUUACAAAAGCGGUGCAUGCGAUGCCUCCGACAAAGUACCCGAUAAAUACAGUUUAAUUGAAAAUGGAAAUGAAGAAUGUGUCAAAGAGACAACAACCCGAUCAAAGAACAGAACACAGCCGAAGGCAAUCAAUGGGUCUUCAACACAGGGAGAAAAUCCCGUACAGGAGUUGCUCAGUGACCUCUACGCAAAAAUGUGUAGAAGUUCAGAUAGUGAAAAUGGACGUCACACUUAACUCCAAAACAUAUAAAUGAACUAAAAUUAAACAACUAACAUACAAGACUAACAACAAGAGUCUCUUGGCUUGGGACAGGCGAAACAAUGAGAUCUUAACCCUCCCCGUACACACUUAUUCAAUGUAGUAUAAACAAACACACAACAAUGCUCACAAUAAAAAUGUUUCUGAAGAAGUCCAAUGUCAUACAGGGCAAACAAAGAAACUAAUCAAAUAGUUUAGAUUAGCAUGCCUAGAUAAGUUGUAACACUGGUGUUCUUCAUUUUUGCAUUUAUAAAAAUUCAAUUGUAAAAUUCGCUAAAAAUUUAACGAGAAGUAAUGAUCGAUUAUCUAUUCCAAACAUGUUAAAUUUAAUUUAUAGACAAUCAAAUAGAAAAAAACAUCACUAAUCCUAGGCGGGAUUUAGUUGGCCCCUUACCAAAAUGUGUACUAGUUUAGCGAUAAGGCACGUCACACUUCACCUCGAAACAUAUAAAUGAACCAUUUUAAAAAAAAACAUUUGACGUAUUUAGAAAUCUUUGUUUUGCAUAUUUGAAAUAGGGUUUUAUAAAACUUCAGAACAAAAUAGGAACAGUUUUCGGAGAGGAUCAGUAUAUAUGCACACUUAUACUAUCGGCUUUAUGAUAAAAACUAAGUACUAUACUUACUAGGAAU